AUGGCGCUAUUUGAUCCACGUAUAGUAUUACUACAUUGGGAAUUGAAUUCCGUAAUAUCCUCAUAUUGUAUUUCGGUUGAGGAUCAAAUUGCUCAUAAUUUUAAAAAUCAUAAAGUAUAUGCAGUAUCUGCAACAUACGAUGACUCUAAAAAAACUGUUAUUGAAAGACCUUAUUGUACAAAUGGAUUUGCCGCCGCUAUUCUUCAUGCUUAUAAUUAUCAUAAGCAUUUACGUUUAAGUCCUGAUGAUGUUUGGCUUACAAUUUCUCAAGGUGUUAGUCAUCAUAUUAAUCAAAAUCCUGAGAAAUUUCGUGAUAGAUUUGUUCAACAUGAAGGAAAGGAAAAGAUUGCUGUUUAUGCUGGUGAUAUUCUAUCUAAUAAUUAUGAAGGCGAUUGGCCUGAAGUUGUAAAUAGACUUGUUACUGCAACUGAUAGUCGUGUCGAAAAAAUUGAUUUAAUGGAUUUAUUAGAAUGUAAUUUUUCGACAACUACCACAACCUCCUUAACAGUAAGUCGUAUUGUAUUAUUAGAUGCCGUUAAAGCUUAUUUUGAAUAUGAAGUUUAUACUCGUUGUGGAAUUCCAAAAGUUACUCUCGAAGGAACCCUUGAAGAUUGGACGAAACUUCAAGAAAAAGUUAUUCAUUUAAGAAAAUUAAAUUUAGAAUUAGAUUUUUGGUUAGACCGUCUUGAACCUGUUAUUUGGAAUUUAGUUGCUACUUAUCGUAGUGAAGUUGAUCAUGAUUUUUGGGGUAGAAUUGUAAAGAUUGAUGAAGCACAUGGUUCUGGUGGUGGUACUUUUGUCUCUGGAUGGUUAAUGAACUUCUUUCCUUAUAAUCGAGCAGGAAGACCUUUAAAAACUGAUAGUGUAAUAAGAAUUCAAAAUAUUCCCGAUGGCAUUGUUGGUGUUCCCUUUCUUUUGGAUGCAUUAAAAGUAAAAUUGAUGGCUGGAUUUAUUGGUGCUAAUCAAGAAAUUCUUGAAGAUUCUAAUGGUGAAUCGGUUGUUUCUCCCGUGAUUGGAUGGUCUAUUAUUGAUAAUCCAAAUGACUCUGAAUCACCUCCAAAGGCACAAAAAUUUUAUAAUAGAUUUUAUGCACUAGAUGAAAUAAAGUAA